GGUAUAAAAUCCAUUUUUCUUUUCGUUUCUAAAAAAAAAAAAAUCAAUUUUUCAUUUUUUAUAAAAUAAUUUUUCAUUAAAAAAAAAUAAUAAUAAUUUUUUUAAAAAAAAAUGAAGGCAAACGUUCGAACAAAUGCUGAAAGAGAAACUUUAGCUAGGUUAGGUGAACUCGUAACAUCAUUAUCACCACCACCUGAAGAAACCAAUUCAUAUAAAAAUGGUGGGAAUAUAAAUAAAGAUGAUGUUGAUAUGGAUGAAAUUGAUGAUGAACUUUUCGCUUUACCUCAACAAUUCUCUAAAGGAAAAUAUAUUUCAACUGAUUAUGUAGAUUCUUCACUUAUAUCACCUCCAUUAAGCGCUUUUGAUAUAGAUGAAGAAGAUGAACGUAAAGAUAUAUUACAAGAUUUUAAUAAUCGUGAUAAGAAAGUACAAGAAUUAAUUACUCUUAAUAAACAAGAUUUUGAAAAGAUUAAACAAUCUUUUAAUUCUUCUGAAGAAGAAUGGCAAAGAUUUUUAAGAGUUCUUUACGCAAAAAAUGAAAUUGUACCUGAUAGAGAAUGGCUUGAUACUUUAUGUGAAUUCAUAAAUCCUACGAAUCCUCUUCUUUCAAAAUUUGAAGAAUUAAUAAUUGGUAGUCCACAGAUUGAAAUUGAUAACGAAGAAGAAAUUUCUUAUGGAGUUGCAACAGAUCAAACAUCAGAGAUUGAUGAUGAUACAUACUCUCUUUCAUAUAAUUCAGCGACUACGGGUAGUAGAAGAGAAUCAAGAGAUGAAAGUUUCUUAAGAUUUCAAGAAGUUGAUAUAAUAAUGAUACGAAAUUAUCCAGAAAAAUUAAUAAAUUUUGAAAAUACGUACUCAGAUUUUUUUACGAACGUAAGAAAUUGUUUUGGACAAGAAUGUCGUAGAUUUGUAAAUCAUUUACAAGAAAAUUAUAAUAAAAAUUCCGAUGAUGAUUAUAUCAUGGAAUAUAAUGGAGAUAACGAAAAUUUUAUUAUGGAAGGAUUAAGGGUAAAUGUUGGAGAUCAUAGACAAGCUUGUGAAGAUUCUGAAUUAUAUGAACGUUUUGUUCAAAUAUUACAUACUCCAAGACGUAUGAUGCCAGAUGAUUUAUGGGAGGAAACAAUUUAUGAAUGUUUAAAUGAUUGGCCACAUUUAAUAGAUCAACUUAAAGAUAUAAUUGCGUAUGAAGUAUCUAAUGAAAAUAUAAAAGGAUAUGAUGACUCUCAAAAUGUAGUAAUUAUGUAAUUAUUCUACCUAAAUAAUUUUUAUUUAUUCCCUUAUAAAGAUCUAAUAAUAAAGUUAAACCUUGUAUAAUGUUUUGUAUGGAUAUUUACACGUCUCUACUAUAAAUUGGUGAGUAAGGAAGUAAAACAAUCAUGAUGUCCCAUAAUCCAUCUUUUUUCCGUAAAAGGCUCAUAUUUCCGGAAUUAAUAACCUUAUAUCGCGGAAUUUAUCGAAUUAUUUGGAUCCGUGAAAGGCUCAUUUUUACGGAGUUUUUACAGAAA